AUGGUUAAAACAAGAUUCGUCUGCGUAUCCGAUACCCACGGGUACGGGACACGCGAAGCAGCUUUCAGGUUGCCUAAGGGAGACGUCCUUAUACAUGCUGGAGACAUCACCAACAAGGGAACGGUAGAAGAGUUCCGCAAGUCUGCCCAGUGGAUCAGAGAAGCAGACUUUGAAGUCAAAAUCAUCAUCGCAGGCAACCAUGAUGCCCCGUUGGAUAAGGAGCUCUACAAGGGCCACACGAAAUUCUUCCAUGGCAAGGAGGUCGUUAAUUCGGAUGAGUGUCUUGAACUUAUCUCUGCUGUGGGGAUAACCUACUUGGAUCACACGUCCAAGACAAUCCGUCUUAAGCGUAAAAACGGGCCAAGGACGAUGUUCAAGGUGUUCGGUUCAGCUCGUCACCCUACAAACAUUUUCGGGUGGAACGCGCCUUUUGGAUAUCCUGCCAAAUCCCCGGAAGAUGCACGCAGAUGGUGGAGUCAAAUUCCCUCCGACGCUGAUGUUGUUGUUACCCAUACCCCAGCCAAAAGCCAUCUCGAUUUGACUACUCACCACGGCAACAUUGGGUGCGAAUACCUGCGCCAGGCCCUGUGGAGUAUUCGACCCAGGUUGUCUAUCUGUGGCCAUGUUCAUGAGGCCAGAGGGUAUGAGAGAGUUAUAUGGGAUGUUGACGACACCACACCCGGAGCUUUUGGUGAAAUCAGUACGACUGUUGGCACUUUACCUCCUCGUGAAAGCAAGAAGAUGAAUCGCGUCGAUUUGACUGGAAAGACAUACCCCCGUCUGGCAAACGAAGGACCCAAGGAUCCAGCAAGGAGUGAAACAUGCUUCAUCAACGCGGCUAUCCUGGCAACUCACUAUCCUCAUGCAGGAGGGCGGAAGUUCAACGCCCCUAUCGUGGUUGAUAUCGACCUCCCGCUUGAUGACGAGCAGGAAUCAGAGCAAAAUUAA